AUGGGUCCUGGGACCCUCCCCGAAGGCGGCAGCAUCACCCUCCACGCGGCGGCAGUGUGCCCGGCCGGCGGCAGCAUCACCCUCCCCCCCGGCGGCAGCAUCACCCUCGACCCCCCCGGCGGCAGCAUCAUCCUCCCCGAGGACUUUGUCCUCCCCGACGGCGUCAGCAUCAUCCUCCCCGGCGAGGGCGAGGCGGAGGGGGACACCGUCCCCGGGGGCGAGCCCCUCGCCACCCUCGUCGGCGGCACCACCCUCCCCAAGGGCCUCACCCUCCCCGGCGGCACCAUCCUCCCCAGCGGCCUCAUCCUCCCCGACGGCACCAUCCUCCUCGGCGGCAUCACCCUCCCCGGCGGCACCACCCUCCCCCGCGGCAGCAUCCUUCCCGGCGGCAGCAACCUCCCCAGCGGCCUCACCCUCCCUGGCGGCAGCAUCCUCCCCACCGGCGUGCAGGCGCCGGGCCACGUGGCCCCGGACCCCCCGGCGGCGCCAGUAGCAGCACCAUAG